GAAAAACGCUUUCGUUCUUCUUUCUUAACUUUUUUGUUUUGGGUUUGUGGAAAAUGGAAUUCGACGAUGAAAUAAUUGAAGAGAUGCCCAUCGCCCACCACUACCAUUCCUUCACUAACUCACCUUCCAUUCCGCCCAAUUCCGGCGAACCCCCAUCGCCGACGAGGAAGAGCGGCGGCGGAGACAGGAUUAGAUACAGAGAGUGUUUGAAGAAUCACGCCAUCGGAAUCGGCGGGCACGCGGUGGAUGGUUGUGGCGAGUUCAUGCCAGCGGGAGAGGAAGGGAGUAUAGACGCACUGAAAUGCGCCGCCUGUAACUGUCACCGGAAUUUUCACCGGAAAGAAACCGAUUCAGAUCAGGGACAUUACUAUUACUACCAGCAGCAACCGUUUUGUUCUUAUCGUGGGCCCCCACACCCGUCUGCUUACGUGUACUUGUCCGGGACCCCAAUUCAGCAGAGGCCGCCAUUGGCGUUGCCGGCGGCAGCGGUGUCAGAGAGAGAGGAGGAGGACGUUUCAAAUCCGGGCAGUAGCGGCGGCGGAGGAGAAGGAGGAGGAAGUGGGUUGCUGAAGAAAAGAUGAGGCUGACGUGGAACUUCUCUUUACGGAAACCGGAGUCCGGCGGCAGAUUCUUAAGGUAUGUAUGCACAAUAAGAAGCAUAGUUUUGGGAAGAAACCCUAAAAUUGGGGCUUAUUAUUGUUCUUCAUAAUUAUGUUCUUUGUCAGGGAAUUGCCCAAUUUGGGUCAUCUAAAACUUGGUUACAUUUUGUUUCCAAUAAUACCAUGCAAAGCCCGUCCUUUCGUC